CUCUCCUUGCAGUGAGAGCUAGAAUCGUACUUUCUGUCAAGCUGAGAGAAAGACUCUUUUCCGAGGCUAAAAGGACAAGAAAAUCUGAUUUGCUUGCUUCUAACUUUGCGUUUUAAAGGGGGAAGGAGGAAAUGAAAGAGAGGGAGGGUGGUUCUGCUUAGCCCCACCCCUCCGGCUACUCCAAGUCCAGCCGUCCAUUCCGGUGGAGGCAGAGGCAGUCCUGGGGCUCUGGGGCUCCGGCUUUGCCACCGGGACCCGCAGGAGACAGAACCGCUCGGCGCCGCCUGGUGCAUGGGAGGGGAGCCGGGCCAGGAGUAAGUAACUCACACGGGCGCCGGGGACCCGGGUCGGGCUGGGGGCUUCCAACUCAGAGGGAGUGGGAUUUGCCUGAUCCUCUUCGGCGUUGUCCUGCUCUGCCGCAUCCAGCCCUGUACCGCCAUCCCACUUCCCGCCGUUCCCAUCUGUGUUCCGGGUGGGAUCGGUCUGGAGGCGGCCGAGGACUUCCCAGGCAGGAGCUCGGGGCGGAGGCCGGGUCCGCGGGAGACCAGGGCAGCGAGGCGCUGGCCGGCAGGGGGCGCCACGGUGCCAGCCUGAGACUGGGCUGCUCCGCGAUGAUACAGCGGCCCCUGCCCUGUCCUGCCCUGUCCUGCCCUGUCCUGCCUUGCCCUGCCCUGCCCUGUGUCCUCAGACAACAUGUUAGCCGUGCACUUUGACAAGCCGGGAGGACCGGAAAACCUCUACGUGAAGGAGGUGGCCAAGCCGAGCCCGGGGGAAGGUGAAGUCCUCCUGAAGGUGGCAGCCAGCGCCCUGAACCGGGCGGACUUAAUGCAGAGACAAGGCCAGUAUGACCCACCUCCAGGAGCCAGCAACAUUUUGGGACUUGAGGCAUCUGGACAUGUGGUAGAGCUGGGGCCUGGCUGCCAGGGACACUGGAAGAUCGGGGACACAGCCAUGGCUCUGCUUCCUGGUGGGGGCCAGGCUCAGUAUGUCACUGUCCCCGAAGGGCUCCUCAUGCCUAUCCCAGAGGGACUGACCCUGCCCCAGGCUGCGGCCAUCCCAGAGGCCUGGCUCACCGCCUUCCAGCUGUUACAUCUUGUGGGAAAUGUUCAGGCUGGAGACUAUGUGCUAAUCCAUGCAGGAUUGAGUGGUGUGGGCACAGCUGCUAUCCAACUCACCCGGAUGGCUGGAGCUAUUCCUCUGGUCACAGCUGGCUCCCAGCAGAAGCUUCAAAUGGCAGAAAAGCUUGGAGCAGCUGCUGGAUUCAAUUACAAAGAAGAGGAUUUCUCUGAAGCAACGCUGAAAUUCACCAAAGGUGCUGGAGUUAAUCUUAUUCUAGACUGCAUAGGCGGAUCCUACUGGGAGAAGAAUGUCAACUGCCUGGCUCUUGAUGGUCGCUGGGUUCUCUAUGGUCUGAUGGGAGGAGGUGACAUCAAUGGGCCCCUGUUUUCAAAGCUACUUUUUAAGCGAGGAAGUCUGAUCACCAGUUUGCUGAGAUCUAGGGACAAUAAGUACAAGCAAAUGCUGGUGAAUGCUUUCACGGAGCAAAUUCUGCCUCACUUCUCCACGGAGGGCCCCCAACGUCUGCUGCCGGUUCUGGACAGAAUCUACCCAGUGGCCGAAAUCCAGGAGGCCCAUAAGUACAUGGAGGCCAACAAGAACCUAGGCAAGAUCGUCCUGGAACUGCCCCAGUGAAGGAGGAUGGGGCAGGACAGGACGCGGCCACCCCAGGCCUUUCCAGAGCAAACCUGGAGAAGAUUCACAAUAGACAGGCAAGAAACCCGGUGCUUCCUCCAGAGCCGUUUAAAGCUGAUAUAAGGAAAUAAAGAGUGAACUGGAA